CGGUCCUCUCAUCUCCUCUUUUUGCAACCGAAAGCUAGAGAGAGAUUCCUCCACGCUGCUUCUCUCCGUUUUCUUGACCAUCCCCCCACCCCAAAAAGGUCCCCUUGAUUCCGAUCCGAUCCUUCCUCUCCAAUGGCGAUUCGACGGGAAAUCUCCGGUCUCUUCGACUUCUCCUCCUCCGAUUGAGGUUUUCUGGGUGCCUGGUUGGUUCUUGGCGGAGACGGGGGCCGCUCUGGGGUCCCUGGUUGGAGGAGGAUCGGAGAUUUAGUGUUAGGGUUAGGGGGUUCCGGUUCUUGAGAGGUUGAUUGAGCCGUCCAUGGGGUUGCUCUUCGUGGAGUCGCUGCCUGGGCCGAAGGUCUUCAAGUGCAAGUGCUGCAAGGUUGAUUCGGCCUCGCACGAUGUCAUCAUCUCGAAGGACUUCAACGGGCGGUUUGGCCGGGCAUAUCUUUUCAAGAGCGUGGUGAACAUUUCCUUGGGCCCCAAUGAGGAUCGCCACCUCGUGACUGGAUUACACACUGUGAAUGAUAUCUACUGUAGCUGCUGCCAACAAAUUCUGGGUUGGAGAUAUGAGAAGGCAUAUGAUGAGAGUCAGAAAUACAAAGAAGGGAAGUACAUUCUAGAGAAAGCUAGGAUGUUGAAGGAGGGCUGGUGAUGCAUGAAUGGACUGGGCUAGGGGAACCAACCUAGAGGUGUAUCUGUGUGGUGGUAGAAAAUCCUGUCUGGGACUGUCAAAAAAUGAGUCCAGUCAUAGACAUCUUGGAACUGAUCACUAGAUUAGGAUGUCAAACUCAAAACAUUCUUGCGAACUUUGAAAUAAAAGAAAAACAAUUUGUUUGAUUAAUUGGCCAA